AAAUCACAAGAUAAAAAUAAAGUAUCAGAAAUAGACGACCAAAUUUAUAGACAUUUUGAUAUCAAAAAGCGUUUAGGUAAAGGUGCUUAUGGAAUUGUAUGGAAAGCAAUUGAUAGAAAAUCAAGUAAUAUUGUUGCUGUAAAGAAAAUUUUUGAUGCUUUUCGUAAUAAAACUGAUGCCCAAAGAACAUUUCGUGAAAUAAUGUUUUUAAAAGCAUUUAAAAAUCAUCCAAAUGUUAUUCAACUUUAUAGUAUUCAUAAAGCAACAAACAAUUUGGAUAUCUAUUUAGCUUUUGAAUAUAUGGAAAGUGAUUUACAUAAUGUCAUUAAAGGAGGGACAAUUUUAAAAGAUAUACAUAAACGUUAUGUGAUGUACCAAUUGUUCAAUGCCAUUAAAUAUAUUCAUUCAGGGAAUGUUAUACAUAGAGACCUUAAACCUAGUAACGUUUUAAUCGAUAGUAAAUGCAGAUGUAAAAUAGCUGAUUUCGGCUUAGCAAGAUCUGUAUCAAAUAGACCAAUGGGAGAAACAAAUACAUCAGUUGAUCCAACUGAACCGAUAUUAACGGAUUAUGUUGCAACAAGAUGGUAUAGAGCACCAGAAAUUUUAAUAGCUAGUAAAAGGUAUACAAAAGGGAUCGAUAUGUGGAGUUUAGGUUGUAUUUUAGGUGAAAUGAUAAGAGGAAAACCUUUAUUUCCUGGUAGUAGUACAGUUAAUCAGAUUGAAAAAAUUGUUGCUGCAUUACCAGAAAUAAAUGAGAAAGAUAUUGAAGCGGUUGGUGCUGGGUUUGGUUCCGUAUUAUUAAAUCAACAAAUCAGUUCUGAAAACAAUCUUAGUAUUGAUGAAUUAUUGGCGGGUUCCUCAGAAGAUGCAAAAAAUUUAGUAAAAUUAUUAUUAAUGUUGAAUCCAGCACAAAGGUUAACAGCCAAAGAAGCUCUUUCACAUAGAUAUAUUGAAAAAUUUAAAAAUUCAAUAACUGAAACUGAAUUAAGUACAGAUGUUUUACCACCUUUUCGUGAUGAUGUUCAAUUAACAGUUCCAGAAUAUCGUUCAAAACUUUAUGAAAUAAUGCAAAUAUCUGAAGUGAAAGGAAAUGAGAAAAAUAGUAAUAAUAGUGUUAAAAAUACCACGAAAUUGAAUAGUACAGCAAAAAGAAAAGAUAUUGCAACACCAAAAUUAGAGAGUACAAUGAAUGUAAGUCAUCAGUCUUCUAAGCAAACUUCCGUUAAAAUUUCACCAUCGAAAUCAGAUGAAAAAUCAAAAAAAGAAUAUAAUCAUAAUCGAUUCACGGAAAAAAAAUAUCAACAAAAUUCAAUUACUACCCAUCACAAUAUUGCCAAUAAUAAUACUAAUAAUUGGAGAAAACAAUUUAUUUUAUAUAAAGAAAAAGAAGCAGCAGCAACGAUUUCCAAUAAAACAAAUAUCCAUAAUAAUAGCAAUAGUAGUAAUAUUAGCAAUAGUAAUGAAAAUGGUAAUUCUAGAUUUCGUAAUGUAAAUCAGUAUGAGAAAAGACAUUCAAUUGAUUGUACGUAUCAUGUACAGGGUAUAUCACCAAAUAGUACAUUUAAUAAAACACCAUACAAUAAUCGUUUAUCUAUUGAUAAAGAAAAACCUGAGUUAAUAGAAAUUUCAAAAAAUAAUCAAAUUUAUCAGAGUUUUAAGAAGACACCUGAAUUAGAUCAUUUAAUAAAUACAAGAAAUAGUAAUAGUGAUAUUUCAACAACACUUAAUACUAUCACCAAUGAUUCAAUGGACAAUAAUAAUUAUUAUGAAAAAAGACUGAAACUUUUAGAAGAAAAAAUUCAAAAACAAAAACUAGAUAUAAAAGCAUUAUUUAAUGAGAAAGAUAAAUGUAGUAGAAUUCCAAAUAUAUUGGAAAAUAAUAGUAGUGAUAAUAGAAGUUUACGUAGUAAAUUCACUAUUCCACAAGAAAAAAAUUAUAGUAAACGUAAUAAUCACAUUAUUGGUCAUAGAAGUGGACAAAUUCCAAUUAAAUAUGAUUUUGGUCAUCCAGAUGAUAAAACUCUAGAUCGUAUCAAAGUAGAAUAUACUGUAAUUCAAAUGACAAAUUCCGGAUUUUACAAUAAUAUUAGAACCGUAUAA